GUACCGCAGAGGCGGGGAGGGCUAUGCGAAGAGGCGGGGCCCGUUGGGAAGCCCACCCCUUCGCAGAGGCGCCUAGUGCAGCCGACCCAGCCUGCGCCAGACGGGGAGAGCGGCUCUGGCGCCCGGACGUGGCUGCAGAUUUCGCUCCAGAGACGCUGCUGUGUGCCAGGUGACACACCACACACACAAACACACACACAUACCCCGAAGUCACCCGCCCAGGAAGAUGCUGAGAUCAACCCUCAACCUGGCUCUGCUUUUGGCAGUGCUCCAAGUCAGCCAUGGCCAACGGAUCAAAAGACUAACCGCUUGCUUGACCGAUCAAACCCUGCGGAUAGACUGUGCCUACGAACGGAAAACCACCAACCCUCUAUCCUACGAAUUCCGCCUGUCCAAAGACGCUACCGAGGGAGCAGUUGUGGCCGGCAACUUCAAAGUAGCAAGUGCUCCCUACAAGCCUCGCACCAACGUCACUACCACCAACAACCUCGUGUGCCUGUAUCUCAAUGGCUUCAGCACCAGCGAUGAGGGCGUCUACACCUGCAAGUUGAAGAUCACUGGCGAUUAUGAAGACAAUCAGUCCAGGAACAUCUCGGUAGUCAAAGCCCAUUUGGCGAAAUGCGCCGGGAUCAGCGUCUUCAUCCAGAACACCUCCUGGCUUCUCCUGCUGCUCCUGUCGCUCCCCUUGCUGCAAGCGGUGGAUUUUGUGUCGCUCUGAAGGGAGAAGAAAACCAGCGAGUGGG